AUGUCCUCCGCAGAGAAUCAACAGCAUGCUUUUCCGGCUGCGCCUCCUUCUCUAUCCGCUGGCGACCAUGAGAUGCGGAACUACUACGCUACGCAAGAUGUACCACGACCGUCCUCCGAUCAAACAUCAUACCUAACACCAUACCUUGGCCUUCGAGCUAGACUCUCGCAGGUUUGGAUCAACCGCUGGACAAUCCUGAUCCUUCUCGUCUUGAUUCGGGCACUACUCGCUAUCGGAAGUGUGAAUACGAACCUAACUUCCGCANAAAGAGAGGCUCUCUCUGCUUGUACUGGCGUGGAAAACGUCGGAAGCGCCAUGGCGAGCAUGCCUUACUACAUGUCGUCUGGCGUGAACGAACUCACCGCAUCAGGAAUCGAGAAGGCUAUUAACGGGCUGAUGUCAAUGCUUCUGCUCAGCAUCACUGUACUCGAGGAGGUUUUCGUGUUCUACGUCAAUCUUCUCACCUCAACAUACGUCUGUCUUUUCACCUUUGCCGUUGGUGGUAGCUUACACGUUGCCAUCGAUGUUGCGGAGGAUGUUGGAAACUUCCUGAACUCCACCGCCAAAGGCGUAGGUACCGAACUUGGUGAUGCUGUUGAAGACUUUCAANAAGCCAUGAACAAAUUUACUGGCGCGAUUGAAGACGUUGGCAGCUUUUUCGCUGGAAAGAAUGUCGAUGUUCCUGAGAUCAACCUGAACUCAUCAAUCGCCAAACUCGACGCUUUGCAACUUCCUUCUGGAUACGACCAAGGGCUAGACAAACUGAACGACUCCAUUCCGACAUUUGCUGAAGUUCACAAUGCAACAAACACGGCUCUUCGCUUCCCUUUCGAAGAGGUCAAGAAAUUGCUCAAUGAAUCGAUGGGCAGAUACACCAUGAAUCGAUCAAUGUUUCAUGUUCCGCCAAAGGAAAAGCUCAUAUUCUGCUCCGACGAUGAUGGCAUCAAUGAUUUCUUUGAUGGCCUCGCAGAUGUGAUAACGCUCGCAAAGAAGAUUUUCCUUUCUGUCCUCAUCAUUGCUGCAAUCCUUGCCUGCGUCCCCAUGGCUUACCGAGAAAUACGUCGCUGGCGAUUACAAGAAGACCGAGCAAGAGCUAUCAAACAUAUCAACGACCCCAUGGACGCUGUCUACGUUGUCUCACGCCCAUACACGGCCGACUUUGGUGUCAAAGUUUCGGACCACUUCUCAUCGACCCGUGCACGGACACUUGUGAGAUGGACAGUCGCCUAUGCCACAACAACACCAGCCUUGUUCGUUCUUUCUCUUGCAAUUGCCGGGCUUCUUGGUUGUCUCUGUCAAUACAUAUUACUCCAGACAAUCAGAAAAGAAAUCCCAGAGCUUACCCAGAAAGUGGAUGCCUUUGCUGAUAAGGUGCAAUGGUCACUCAACAAUGCUUCCUUAGCAUGGGCUGUUAAUACCAAUCACGUCAUCAAAGCAACCAACACCAAAAUCAACGAAGACAUCUUUGGCUGGGUCAAUAGUACGACUGGGGCAGUCAACAACACUCUCAACAUCUUUGUCGAUGGGAUGAAUGACGCGAUUAAUGCCACUUUCGGUGGCACCGUCCUUGAAGAUCCUGUUCAAGAAGUUGUGAAUUGUCUGAUCACGCUCAAGAUUGAAGGCAUACAGAAAGCCUUGACCUGGGUCAGUGAUCAUGCUCAUGUUGACUUUCCUAUGGUCAACAACGACACUUUCUCUCUCGGAACCAUGGACAAGAUGAACGACACCUCUUCGGGCAACAGCUCGAUGCUCGCUGAACCAGACACCAUUAAUGCAGGUGACCAAAUCUCUCGGGCCAUCUUAUUUGUUGUUCGUUCACUGGAAAAGGCUGUGAGGCAAGAAGCUAUCAUCUCAACUUGCGUCCUGCUCAUUUGGGUGCUGAUCGUGUUUAUCGGACUUAUCAGAGCUGGUUACAUGUUGGCUCACGCUAGCAAGGAAACAGCACCAGCCGAUCAGUACCCCAAAGAGCUCAAGAGCAUGCCGCCACAGAGCUUCUCUGCGACACAUGCAUCACGCACCAGCUUCUCUCGCAGAAGUUCUUCGAUCUCCUCGCGAGUGCCUACCUACGAACAAGCAACCAGUGCUACGACCGUCGACACUAGCGAUAAUUCAGCAAACCGUCUCAAUGGCCAAUCAUACACCCUUGCGCCUCGCAAAUUUCAACUUUCCGACUACCCAGGCGUCACGUCUCCCAUCUUGAGUUCUGGCUUUAGCCCGAGCGAAAAGGUUGGUUUCGUCGGUGCCCAAAAUGUCGAAGCUGCAACACGUCGACCUACACACAUUCGUGCCAGCAGUCAUGGCAACUUUGCAGAAGUCGUAUCUCCCGUCGACAAUUCUCCAUCCAGCCCGCAAAGGAGUAACACUCGUUUGCAACCACAAGAUCCAUUCGCCGAUCAUGCCCGGUGA